AUGAGGGGCCCUCGCCUGCCCCUGCUGCUGCUGUUGUCCCUGAGCCUCCUGACACGGGGCUUGCGGGCUGCCCCCCUGCCCCCCGUGCCUGCCCCCACGCCUGCCCCCGCCCCCGACCACGACCACGACCACGACCUCUUCCCCGACCUCGAUCCCCGGGUCCUGGCCGCAGCCCUGCUACAGGCACUGGGCCAGGAUGCACCGACCCCCCCAGGGCCGGACGCCUCAGACGCCCUGCAACCCCACAACUCAGAGCCGAGAGACACCGACGGCCCCCAAGACCUGGAGCCCGAGAGCCCCCGGGAUCUGGGUCCAGAGAAGAGGAGCCACUGGGGCCCAAUGCUGGAGCCCAGUAGCCCCCGAGACCCAGGCCGGGGGCCGGGAGAUGCCAGGAGCUUCUGGGGCCUAGAGCUCGGGAGCCCCCAGGAGCCGCAAGACACCAACAGCCUCCGGGGGCCCAUGCCAGGCAAGGGGCCAAGAGACACCAACAGCCUCUGGGACCCAGAGUCCAGCAGCCCCCGAGACCUGGCCUGGGGGCCCAGAAAUGCCAAGAACUUGUGGGUCCCUGAGCCAGGCAAGGGGCCAAGAGAUGCCAAGAGUUUCUGGGACCUGGAGCCGGCCAAAGGGCCAAGAGAUACCACGAGUUUCAAGGUCCCCAAGUCAGGCAAGGGGCAGAGAGAUGCCAACAGUGUCUGGGACCCAGAGCCAGGGAGCCCCCGAUACCCGGGUUGGGGGCAAAGAGAUGCCAAGAGCUCUUGGGUCCCCAAGAUGGGCAAGGGGCAGAGAGACACCAAUAAUGUCUGGGACCCAGAGCCAGGCAACCCUCGAGACCUGGGUUGGGGGCAGAGAGACGCCAAUAGUCUCUGGGACUCAGAGCCCAGUAGCCCUCAAGACCUGGGGUGGGGGCAAACAGAUGCCAAGAGCUUUUGGGUCCCCGAGUUGGGCAAAGGGCAGAGAGAUGCCAAGAGUUUCUGGGCCCCAGAGCCGGCCGAGGGCCCGAGAGACGCGAACAAUGCCUGGUCCAUGGAGCCAGGCAGCCCCCGAGCCCCGGGCUGGGGGCAGCGAGCGGCCAAUCCCCCACAGGAGGUGUUGGGGCGACGGCGAGCGCGGGACGAGGCCCCGGAGCCCAGCUGGGCAGGCGCCCGCAAGCUGCGGCAGCGCCAGACCCUGGAGCACCAGCUGCUGGAGCGGCGCUACCAAGAGCUGGCCGAGAGCCGGCGCCAGGCGCAGGAGGCACGGCAGCUAGCGGCACGUGAGGAGCGCCUGGCUGACCUGGCCUCCGACCUGCUGCUGCGCUACCUGCUGCGGGGCCACGACGGCGACGACGACAGUGCCACCGGCACUGAUGAGGAGCAGGAGGAUUCGGACACUGGGCGUGCCGGGGCUCUGCUCUUCGAGGAUGAGGUGGCCGAGGACAAGCGGUCACAGGAAGAUGAUGGCGCUGCCGGUGCUGACGAGGAUGAGAUCGACCCCAGCACCAUUGACCAGCUCAUUGAGGUGUCGAGCCAGCUGCACCUGCCUGCACAGGACGUCGUGGACCUGCUCAAUGAGGUGGAGGAGAGCAAAAGGAAGAGGAAGCAGGAGCCCCUGACCCCACCCCUGGCAAAGGUCAAGGUCACGGAGCCUGAGACUGAUGAGGCCGAGGAGGCUUGGAACGAAUUGCUGCCCCCCCCGCCGCCACGCCGCCCCGUCUCCAACCACCUCCAGGCCCGGACUGAGGGCACUGGUGCCCGCCGCGGCCAAGGUCGCGGCCAUGGCCCCCCCACUGCAGCCCAGGGGCGCCAGGAGGACGAGGAGCUGGAGAACUAUAUUGAGCGGGUGCUGAUGCCACAGCCCCAGGGUUUCCCCUGAGGGCACUGAGCCCCCUCCCCCAGCCCCAAAUUGCGCCCCCCAUGAUGUGUGGGAUCCCCGUGUGUCACCCCCCCCCCGUGGUGCAUGAAAAGAUGGGGCUGCGCCAGCAGGGGCCAAUGGCGUGCGCCCCCCCCAUCCUGCCCCUCCUUGUCCUGACACCCCCCCACCCUGGGGCCCAGCCUCAAGGCAUGCCAGGGACACAGGCAUCUGGGACACACACACACACACACACACACACACACACACACACACACACGGGAGCCAGGAAUCCAUGACACACGUGUACACAGAUGUACACACACAGACAUGGAACCCAGGUGUCCAGGAUGCGCACACACAUGCACACACACAAGCGCACACAGCCAGGGAUCCACAACACAUGCACGUGGAACCCAGGUGUCCGAGAGCAGCAGCCAGACCGGAGCCAGUCCCAGGUGAUUGGGGCGCUGGCAGGAUAGACCAGACAGGUAGCAUAGAUCCUGUGCCCUCUGACCCCUGGGAAGCGAUGCAGGUUUUGGGGGGGACAUUUCUCCACCCAGUUGACCUCUGACCCCCAUUUGGGCUCCCCUGGUGUUUGGAGAACCCCAGCAUCCAGCACACAUGCACACGCGCGCACACACACACACGCACACACACACACACCACCCGGGCAUAGGGGACAAUCCCUCCCCCCAGCUUGGCCCCCACCCCCCCCGAGACAGGUCAUUAGGGUCCCAGGCUAACUAACUGGCAUGGGGGGGAGAAGCCAGGGUGCCCUCGCGUGUAUAACCCCCUCCCGCCCCAUGUGUGUGCGAGAUUCGUAGCUUCGUGCCCCCCAAACUCCUGUGACCUCUGACCCCCCAUGACUCCCGACCCCGCUGCUGUACAUAGGCGGAUGCUAGUUUUGCUAACAAAAUAAAAGCAACUAUUUUA